AACUAUCCAUGUCUAAACCGAUCGAGAUGCUGCAAGAAGGGCAUGUGCACAGAGUGCUUUUUGCAAAUGAAGUCCCCAACGGCCUCCAGCAUGCUGCAGUGUCCGUUCUGCAAGGCGCCAACAUUCUCGGUGGAAUUUCGGGGGAAACGCACAGCAGAGGAGAGAAACGUGGAGCUGGAGGAGGAGCAGAAGGUGAUAGAAGCAAAGAUAAGGAUGCGGCAGGAGGAGGAGGAGGCGUAUGCAGCACGGGUGGCGGAACGCCAGGCGGCAACAGAAGCUGCCUCUUCCCUCAAUUCCUCCUCCACCUCCUCCGCGCUCCCUCCCACCACCCCCCCUCCCUCUCGCACCCCUCCUACGCCCCCCACACCUGCUGCUGCUGCUGCUGCCACGAGUGCUUCGUCAGUAGCAGGAGAAACAGCAGGGGAGACAGGAGAAGCAGCAGAAGCAGCAGCAGCGGCAGCAGCAGCAGCAGCAGCAGCAGCCAGUGGCAGCAGCGACACAGGCAUGGGGGUCCUCCGCUCCUCCCUACAGCUCUCCUCCUCCGCCUCGUCCUCCUCUCGAGAAAGGGGGGGCAUAGGCCGUUCCACCUCCCGCCCCAGCAGUAACAGCGGCCGCGGUGGUAACCAGACGGCUAGUCACAAUUGGUGGGAGGGGCCGUUUGCAGGAGGGGGAGCAGGGGCGGGAGCGGGGGUGCGGCCGAAUCAGCUGCAUUUGCCGGGUGGGGGAGGGUAUUCUCCAGGCGUGAAUGAUGGUGGUGGGAGGUAUGGGGCCGGUGGCGGGACGGGCGGAGUAGGGGGUGGGGAUGGGGGUGAGGUUUGGGUUGGGGGCGCGGUUAGGGGCAUGAUGCCUACAUAUGGUGUGGGAGGGAGUGCUGGUGGCAGGGGAGGGGGGAUGGGAGGAGGGGGAGCAGGGGGGAGAGGGUUAGGGGGAGGGGGAGGCGGAGGAGUGGUCCCAAACUUUGGUGAGUGGGGUGAUUAUGGUGAUAAUGAAGUCGUGUUCUACCCAGUGGAUUUGGAACGAGUCCGCCGCAGAGCUGCUGCUGCUGCUGCUGCUGCUGCUGGCGCUGCUGGUGGUGCUGGUGGUGCUGGUGGUGUUGGUGCUGGUGGUGCUGGCGCUACAGCCGGUGCUACAGCUGCCUCCGUUUCCUCCCCCACUGGCAGCUCCAGCAGCAGCACCCGAGCCUGGUACCCAGGCUCGGUGGAAGGGGGAGGCUUGGCAGUGGGAGCCAGGGCUGGUUCGGGAAGAUAUGGUUCGGGGUCAGGGAGAGGCGUGGGAGCAAUGAGAGGUGGGCCAGGCGCAACUGGUGCUGCAAUGGGUGCUGCGAGUAGCCAUGGAUCCACCGUCUCUCCCAGGCUCUCCCCUUCAAGAGCGGACGAGCUGGGAGUGGAUUUGGAGGAGCUCUUGCUCAUGGAGGCCAUCUGGCUCUCGCUGCAGGAUCAAGAAGAGGCAGCUCGCCGCACAUCAGAUUCAACACCAGCAGCUGCAGCAGCAAUUUCAGCAUCAGCAUCAGCAUCAGCUUCAGCAGUUGCCACUGACACAGCCGCAGGCCCUUCACAGGCAUCUGUAGCCGCAGCGGCUCAGCAGCAGGAGGGGGUGCAGCGACAGCAGGACGAUCCGCAUGAUGAGGAGGUGAUUGAGAGUUUCCUCAUGCGAGGGAUUGGUGGUGGUGGGGAGGGUGGCCUGGGGGAUGGCAGUGAGAGCACCACUCGUGCUGUGGGUGUUGCUGCUGCUGCUGCUGCUGGUGGUGCGGGUGCAGGGGGGGAGCAAGGAGGGGUGCCUUUGGUUGUUCCGGAUGAUUUUGAAGGGCAAAUGCGCCUUGCGUUGGCACUUUCCCUUAUGGAGGCUGAACAGGCAGCUGCUGCGAGCAGGGGGGAGUAA